AUGGCCAUUGCGAUGAGCAACCCAUCAGCUUCCAUUGACCAAACCAGCAGUGAUAUUGAUCCCAUGUCCGCUGCGGACCUCCACAUGCCAACUUGUCGCGGAAUUGAUAUUCAAGUUCUUACGAUUCCGCAACUGCAGAAAUGUUUAACAGAACGCAAGUUCUUCUCACGAGAUCUGGUGGAGACGUAUUUCGAGAGAAUUCAAAUAUUAAAUUGCCUUCUGAAGGCCGUUAUCCAAACGAAUGCAGAUGCUUUGGCCAUUGCGGAAUGCUUAGAUAAGGAACGAGAGAAUGGAAAACUCCGAGGCCCACUUCACGGAAUUCCUUUUCUAGUCAAAGACAAUAUUGCGACGAAAGACGGAGUGGCAACUACUGCUGGUUCUACGAUGCUUGUCGGUACAACUGUACCGGAUGAUGCACAUGUGGUUUCUUUGCUACGCGAUGCAGGUGCCAUAUUACUUGGGCAUACUAAUUUAUCGGAAUGGGCAGCCAUGCGCUCAAGCUACUACUCAGAGGGAUACUCGUCUAGAGGGGGCCAGUGCAGAAACCCCUAUAACCUUGCUGAACAUCCAGGAGGAUCAAGUUGCGGUAGCGCGGUGGCUGUUGCCACAAAUAUGUGUCCAUUCAGCCUAGGAACUGAAACUGACGGAAGCAUUAUGUUUCCAGCAGAUCGAAAUGCUGUAGUCGGCAUUAAACCCACCGUGGGUUUAACUUCCACCAAAGGCGUUAUCCCAGAGUCAAGCAGCCUUGACACGGUAGGGUCGUUUGGAAAGACGGUUCUCGACGCUGCAAUUGCGUUGGAUGCGAUUACCGGUGAUUCUAAAUCCGCGCAUGGCAUGUCUUCUUAUGCAUCAUUCGUUACCAACAAAGCGGCUCUGAAGACAGCCAGAUUUGGGCUUCCUUGGAACCGGGUUUGGGAGAGCGCAUAUAAGAAGACAGAGAAGUACAAUGGAUUGAUGGCAUUACUAAAAGAAAUUGAAGAUGCAGGUGCUGAAGUAAUUCGAUGGACGAACUUUCCAAGCGCUGAGGAAAUAAUUUCUCCAUCGGGUUGGGAUUGGGAUUUUCCCUCCAAAUUCGGUCGCCCCGACCAGUCCGAGUUCACAGUCGUAAAGAAGGAAUUCUUUAACGAGAUACGAUCAUAUCUUUCCAAUUUGAGUACUAACCCCAAUGGCAUUCAAAGUCUAGAAGAUAUUAUGGCCUGGAAUGUUAAGAAUUCAGAAACAGAUGGUGGUCGACCGUGUGUUCAUCCAGCCUGGCCCAGUGGUCAGGAUAACUUUGAGAGAAGCCUAACUUCAAAGGGCAUUCUAGAUGACACAUAUUACAAUGCACUGAAGUAUAUUCGGAGAAAGUCUCGUGAAGAGGGAAUCGAUGCAGCUUUGCGAAUGCCAGACGGCUCCGUGUUGGACGGAAUAUUAGUUCCCCUCCAAGGCGACAGUGGAGCCGCAUGUCAAGUAGCUGCGAAAGCAGGAUAUCCCAUGAUCGCUAUUCCCACCUGCACCAGUGAGAUAACUGGUGUGCCGUUCGGGAUUGCAUUAAUCCAGACAGCAUGGAGAGAGGACCUCCUUAUCAGAUAUGGCUCUGCAAUUGAAGACCUUGUAGGCGGAAGACCUAAACCGCAUUUUCGAAACAUCGAAGCUUCCAACUUCAUGUAUGUUGGAAGCAAGCCAGACCCUCCAUGCUAA